UCCUGCACGUUCCGCAGAACGUGACGUGUAUGCCGCGUGUGAAAACCGGGAACAGGCUGUGAAUGUUCACCUCUGCUCAAAUUACGGACUGAGACAACUUUUAGGUUUGAAUGCAUUGCUGCCAUGCCUGCCAAAAAGACCACCACCAAGAGGAAGAGUGCACUAAUUACUGAAGAUGCUAACGACUCCAAGAAAACAAAAGUGUCACACAGGAGUCAUUGUAAAGAGGCGGGUCAGGUUCUAGUUUUGGGCCAGGGUGAUGUUGGACAGCUGGGGUUAGGUGAGGACAUCACUGAGAGGAAGAAGCCAGCUCUUGUCUCACUACCUGAAAAGAUUGUGCAGGUGGUGGCAGGAGGCAUGCACACAGUGUGUCUCAGUGAAAGCGGUCAUAUCUACACAUUUGGCUGCAACGAUGACGGCGCUCUGGGUAGGGACACGUCAGAAGAAGGAUCUGAGAUGGUUCCUGGUAAAGUUGCGUUGAAUGAGAAAGUAGUCCAGGUGUCUGCAGGGGACAGCCACACUGCUGCACUCGUAGAGGAUGGAUCGGUGUAUAUCUGGGGCUCCUUCAGGGACAACAGUGGUGUUAUUGGUCUUCUGGAGGCUAUGAAACCAUGUCCUGUUCCAGUCAAAAUCCCCCUCACAGAACCUGUAGUGAAAAUUGCCUCAGGUAACGAUCAUUUGGUGUUGCUGACAUUGGAUGGAAAUCUGUAUACAUCGGGGUGCGCAGAGCAGGGGCAGCUGGGAAGAGUACCAGAGCAUUUCUCCAACAGAGGAGGGAGGAAAGGUCUUGAGCGACUGCUGGUCCCACAGAUGGUGAAGCUUAAAGGGAAAGUUCACUUCACUGAUGCAUUCUGUGGAGCCUAUUUUACAUUCGCUGUGUCUACUGAAGGAUAUGUGUACGGAUUUGGUCUUUCAAACUAUCAUCAGCUGGGCACUAAGAGCACCAAGAUGUGUUUUGUUCCCGUAAAACUGACGUGCUUCAAGAACUCUACCACUGCCUGGGUGGACUUUUCUGGAGGACAGCAUCACACGCUCUGCCUUGAUGCUAAAGGGCAGGUUUAUAGCCUGGGUAGGGCAGAGUACGGUCGCUUGGGUCUGGGUCCAGGAGCUGAAGAGAAGAGUGAGCCAACUCCUGUGAUAAUGGAUCCAGCAAUGGGAGUGUCAUGUGGAGCUUCUGUCAGCUGUGCUGUUACCAGAGAAGGUUCUGUGUAUGCCUGGGGCAUGGGAACCAACCUGCAGCUCGGCACAGGAGAGGAAGAUGACGAGUGGAGUCCAGUGAAGAUGACCGGGAAGCAGCUAGAUAACCGUGUAGUUCUGCUAGCUUCCAGUGGAGGGCAGCACACAGUCUUACUUGUUAAAGAGAAGCAGGAAAGCUGAUAUCCACCUGACACACAGCUGGAAUAGUUUUGAUCAUUUUUGAUGGGGCCUGUUCAGAUUUCAUAUUCAGGAGCCUAUUUGUGGCUCUGUGCUUUAGGAGAGCAAUGUUCAGACCACAAAGGCCAGAGGAGACUUGGCGUCUUUUAGUAGAACUUUUCUUAACAUGGGUGAAAAGUACAUGUUUUUGGUUAAUCAAAAAACUAUUUUUUUAAUGUGUUUUUGUUCCUUUAAAUUCCCAUUAAACCAUUUUGUAUGACUGUGAGGGUUUAGUGUGUUUGUGAAAGAAACUGCAUGUUCAAAAAUGAAGCUAGAAGCUGUUGGAUUAAGCCACUGAAUGCUAGUUUUUAAAGUAUUUUUCUUAAGCAAUAACUUGAUUAUGAUUCAGACAGGACAUUCAUAAUGAGUUUAAGAUGUGCAACUACUGUUCAUGUCAUAUCUGCAAACACAGCUGUUGUGACUGGAAAUUUAAUAACACAUUUUGGUUUCUGCAUCUUGUUGCCUUUCCUGUCUGACAAUAAAAGUGAUUUUUAAAACCUG